AUGGAGUUCGAUCCCAAGACCCCGCAAUUCCACACCUCCGACAGUUCCAGCUUCGGCUACGUAUCUGCCCAUGAGCGAUGGCCUGUUAUUCUGACCGGCGCCAUCGACGACCUCCACCGAACAGUCGGCGAUGUGACCGACGAGGAGAAGCGGAAAGAGGGCAAGGCCAUUAUUGAGAACUUGGCCAAGUUGAAAUAUGAAUUGCAGCAUGAUAGGCAAUUGACACAAAUCCCGGAUGACGGCCAGGAGCCAACGGCUGCUGAGUAUAAUAAGGAGCUGGAGCAGAGGGGGAACUUGUCGUGGUGUAACGGGCCAUGGUUGUAUUUGGAGUGUUAUAUGUACAGACGUUUAAGCACAUACUUCGCGCAGUCGAAGCACUGGAAGGGGUACGAUGUUUUUGCCCGACAGAAGAUGUCUACAUUCAAGUCAUCUCGACCCGCCGUGCUGGAACUAGCAGCCAGAUACAAGGAGCUCGCCCUCGAAGCUGAGAAGGGCGAGGGCAAGGACGGAAGAACAAUAGAGCAGAUCGAGCAAGCGAGACGGGUGCUUUUCUCGGAGAUGUGCGAGAUUUGCCUGUGGGGAAAUGCAACUGAUCUGUCGCUGUUGACUACGCUUACCUACGAGGACCUGCAGAAGUUGCAGGGCUCGCAGGCGCGGAAGGCGGCGGAGAAGAACAUCCUCGUUAAUGAUAUGGACGCUGCAUUUGAUGUUCUGCAAAAGGCGCAGAAGGAGAAGGAGGAUCAGGAGCGUCGGGUGGAUAUUGUGCUCGAUAACUCUGGGUUUGAACUCUUUGUCGACCUCAUUCUUGCCGGCUACUUGCUUUCUGCAGGCAUUGCGACUAAGGUUGUGCUGCAUCCCAAGUCGAUCCCUUGGUUCGUGUCAGACGUUACUCCCCGGGACUUCCCAGACCUCCUCAACGCCCUGAAAGACGCGCAGAACUUCUACACAGCACCCGAUGACUCUGGCAGAGAGCACCAACCUCUCUCGGAGAAGGAAUUGGACGAGGUGAACUUCCUCUACAACCAAUGGAGCCAGCUCCACCAGGAAGGCAAGCUGGUCAUUCGUCCCGACCCUUUCUGGACCGGCGCCGGAUCUUACUGGCGCAUGCCUCACACCGCACCCGAGUUGUUCGAAGAUCUCAAGAACAGCGAACUGGUGCUGCUCAAGGGCGACCUGAACUACCGCAAGUUGACCAACGACGCCGCCUGGGACCCUACGACUCCGUUCACAACCGCCAUCGGUCCUUUGGGCCCCAAAUCUGGUCUGCGUGUUCUUGCCUUCCGGACCUGCAAGGCAGAUGUCGUUGUUGGUCUUCCUGCUGGUGUAGACGAAGAACUCCGUCAGAUACCAGGAGGAGGGGGUGAUAAGAAGCGGGAGUGGGCUUGGACCGGGAAGUGGGCUGUUGUUUCUUUCUGUGAUGGGAAGGCUUAG